AUGCCGAAACGCAAGGCCGAGACCGACGACAAGCCGGCCAAGAAGCCCACUUCCUGGAGCGCCGAGGAGGAAGCGCUGUUCCUCAACGCCGUCAAUGAGAUCGUUAGCAAGCAGAUCUGGGCCAGCGUCAAGGAUACGGAGCUGGCGGCGCGGCAGAAUGGCGGGGUUAUGAGUCAUUGGAAGAUGAUGUAUCGCAAGCUCGUCAAGGAGUACGCCAAGGAGUAG